AUGUCUGUGCUGUUGGAGACUACCGUUGGCGACAUUGUCAUCGACCUCUUGGUUGAUCACGCCCCAAAGCUUUGCGAAAACUUCCUGAAGCUCUGCAAAGUCAAGUACUACAACUUCUCACCCGUCCACUCUGUCCAGAAGAACUUCUCCUUCCAGACAGGCGAUCCCCUCGGUCCGCUCGCCAAAGACUCCGAUGGCGGUUCCUCGAUUUGGGGCCAUGUGUCCGGCGAUCCGGCUCAGCGCACAUUCCCUGCUUUCCUCCACCCGAAGCUGAAGCACGUCGAAAGAGGCACAGUCAGCAUGGCGACGGUUCCGCUCCCGUCGGACCCAGAUACGAGGAUGGCCGGAUCACAGUUCAUCAUCACAUUGGGUGAGGAGACUGAUUUCCUGGAUGGCAAGGCAGCUAUUUUUGGAAAGGUCGUAGAGGGAUUUGAUGCUUUGGAAAAGGUCAACGAGGCGAUUGUGGACGACAAGGGCUACCCGCUCAUCGACAUUCGGAUCAAGCACACCGUGAUCCUGGACGACCCCUACCCCGAUCCGCCAGCCUUGCGAGAACCCAGCUCCAGCCCCCCUCCUACCGACCAACAGCUCAAGACUGUCCGAAUUGCGGACGAAGCGGCGUUGCACGCAGAUGAUGGUGUGGAUGAAGCAGAGCUGGAGAGAAGGCGACGAGAUCGGGAGGCCAAGGCGCAGGCUCUCACCUUGGAAAUGAUGGGUGAUUUGCCCUUUGCCGAGGUCAAGCCGCCGGAGAAUGUUCUCUUCGUGUGCAAACUGAAUCCCGUAACUGGUGAUGAGGAUCUGGAGCUCAUCUUCGGCCGGUUCGGCAAGAUCCUGAGCUGCGAGGUCAUUCGAGACCAGAAGACUGGCGACAGUCUACAAUACGCAUUCAUCGAGUACGAUGACAAGGCAUCUUGCGAGGCGGCAUACUUCAAGAUGCAGGGGGUUCUCAUCGACGACCGGCGUAUCCACGUUGACUUUUCACAAAGUGUUAGCAAGCUGAGCGACGUCUGGAGGAAGGACUCCAACAACAAGCGCCGAACAAAUGCCAACCGUGGCGGCUGGGGUGGUAUCAGGGAUUUGGAGAAGCGACGACAGUACCGAGACGAGGGCGAGCGGAACACCGAGCAUGACUAUCGCAUGGUCCAUGGCGCCGAGGACAUGAAGGGUCGCGUUGAGCGCAACGCCGGCGACCGGCAGAGAGAUGGGCCCCCGAACCCACCACAGCCCCGAGAUGCGGAGCGCGCCAGGGGACAGCCGGACCGGAGCCGGAGCCCAAGACGUAGAGACGGUGACGGGUAUCGGAAGCCGAGAGAUGAUAAUCGAGGGGAUAGAAGGGACUGGGAUCGUCGGGACCGAGACCGCGGUGGCGACCGUAGGGAACGCGGCAAUGAUCGUAGGGAACGCGGUGGCGACCGUGACAGGGGCUGGAAUAGGGAUGGGGACCGGCGUGGUCGAGGCGACUACGGGCGAGGACCUAGGAGGUGA